AUGAAGUUUCAUAUAUUUUUGUUUUUUAUUUAUUUAAAUUUGCCAAACUAUAAUGCUCUGACUUUCAAUUUGUCCAAUGGUAGUUAUUUGAGUACGUACCAUAGCAAAGAAGAAGUUGGAGAAGUAGUAAUUUACACAUAUAGACCGAAUAAUUCAAUAACAUCUAUUAAAUUUAGCGAUGAUCAUUCUCUUAAAUUACCUCGAUCCAAUAAAAUUGUUAGGUUGAUUAUCAUUACCAAAGAUGAAGAUAUAAAGUUAAUUCACAUUACUUAUGCUGAUUUGUCAAAUGAUAAUAUACUUGAUGAUUUGUAUUAUCAUAAAGUAAAUGGCGAAUUCGUUGAAAUACAACGUGAUUUAUUUUACUUUAACUAUGUCAAACUAUCACAAACAUACAAAACUUUGAAUCUCAGCUUUUUGUUAGGUGAUUGGUUCCGUUGUUAUGAAGGACUAACAGAAAAGAAAUUGUGUAAUAUUAAUGAUUAUUAUUUUCUACAGAAAAUUGUAAUAGGAGAUAAAACCAUCUGGGAAAACAAUUCAUAUUUCAAAGUUUAUUCAGUAGAAAUUGGCAUUAAAGAAGUCGAAGAAGAGGAAUAUUUACUUAGACUAAAACUAUAUUAUUACUUAAAGAAUGAACAUAAAAUUAUUGAGCAUGAGUUUCCAAUAAGUAAAACCGAGGCUGAGGCAGUGAAUAGAUUUAUUGAAAAACAGGAACGUAAGCCCAAAACUUUAAUUCACAUUCAAACACAAAGACCUAAAGUCGUUCAUGUAAUCGAUAAAGAACCUUUAAAAGACAUUAGACUUUACUUUGAAUCUGAUAACGCCGGUUCCAAAAAUUGUAAAGUUCGACACAAUAUAUUACUUGGGUUAGAUAAUACUUAUUACGAGCCAAUUCCUGGAGCUGAAAUUAAAUGUAUAAAAGAAGGAAAUACAGUAAUAUGGUACCCGUCGGAACAAUGCAAAAAGUUUAUUCACGCUAGAUUUACACGCCUCAAAGAAAGUCCUCUACUCUUAAACAUUAGGUAUAUGAAAGAGAAAACACAAUGCUAUUUCAUAACAAAAUUAGUUGAAAUAAACGAAUUUUUUAUAAAAGAAAAUAGUUGGAAUACGAUUUCUGAAGAGAAGUACAAUAAUAAAAUACAAUUUUUAAUGGAAAAAACAUCAAAGCAAACAAUGGACUCGGGUGUUUCUAUUGAUUAUGUUCUUCCUCCUGAGGAACCUGAACCUGAAACUCAAAAUAUCCCUAAGGAUAAGAAUAGAUUGAAAGAUGUGAAACUCGAAUUGGAUCCUCCAGAUUCAAAUGGCUAUGUUAAAUGCAGUUAUCUGAUGGAUGGGCUGGAUACAUUCUUUUAUCACCCCAAAGAAAACAAAGUCGUUAAGUCUGUUCUAGAUGGUUCAGAAAUAAUAUGGUCCUCCGAACCACAGUUCCCAAAAAAGUUAAAGCAUGCUAAAUUUGCUUACAAGGGUGAUAGCCAUAUCUUUUUAACUGUUUUGUACUCGGAGAUUGACCCAAAAUCAAAGGACGCCAACAAAGAAGUGAACAAGAACUCUUACUUUGUUAAAAGAGAUCAAUGGUACAAUUCUCCAGAAAAUCAAUUCUACGAACAAUUUGACAAAUUGAAAAACAGAGUCACAAUGAGGGAUGUCAUUCUUAACGAGAAAAAAUCACUUGAGGAACACGUCACUGAUUUAACUUUUACAACUCUAAAAACAGGUUGGUUUGAUAAAUUUAAUCCUAGUAAACCAAAGGUUCAAAUCAUUCCCUUUGAAUAUAAUAUUCGAGACGAAAAUCAUGAACACUUACUAGUGGAAGUGAAUUUAAACGAAAGAUUUGCUAUAUAUACUCCAGAAACGGGAUAUGCUUUAACUAGAUUAUUUGAUGACAAAAGACUGAUUUGGUACCAAGAACGAGACGGACUAGGUUGUACCACUUUUUAUAUAGAUUUAAGCGGAAAUUACCCUCUCCUACACUUGAUGUUGGAUGAUCCAGUUGAUUCCAACAUUUAUUACAAGAAAAUUGAUAGUAAUUGGCACAUCAUUGAUAAAAAGGAAUAUGAAGCUAUUAGAAAACCAGCAAGUGGUCCAGCUGACCCAAAUGAUUUUUAUACUGUGUAA